AUGGAAACUACAGGCUUUACACAAACGCAGCUUGAGGUUCGUGAAGCCGUUGGCGCAAUAUGUUCACAAUUUCCAAACACCUACUGGCAAGAGCGCGACCAAAGCGGCCAGGAUCCCAAGGACUUCCACGCGGCCCUCGCAAAAGACGGAUGGCUGGGCAUCGCCCUCCCGGAAGCGUUUGGAGGCUCAGGUCUCGGUAUCUCGGAAGCAACCAUGAUGAUGCAGACGAUAGCAGAGUCGGGGGCCGGCAUGGCAGGCGCGCAGAGCAUCCACGCCAACGUCUACGCGACGCAGCCGCUCGCCAAAUUCGGGUCGCAGGCCAUGCUCGAGGAGACUAUUCCCAAGAUCGUGUCGGGACAGUGGCGCACAUGCUUUGGCGUCACGGAACCCAAUGCAGGCCUCGAUACCCUACGGUUGAGUACCGCUGCGAAGAAGAUGGAUGACGGUACGUACAGCAUCACAGGGCAGAAAAUCUGGAUCACGUGCGCGCAGGUCGCGGACCGCAUGAUCCUACUUGCGCGCACCACACCUCGUGAGGAAGCAGCGAAGCCAUCCCAGGCGCUCUCAAUCUUCUGCAUACCGCUCGACCGCUCCGCACCGGGGCUCGACAUGCGCAAGAUCGGGAAGAUGGGCGGCCGGGCCGUCGACGCAAACGAGGUUUUCUUCGACGGUUACCGCGUGCCCGCAUCCUCGCUCAUCGGCGAAGAAGGCCAGGGCUUCAAGAUAAUUCUGCACGGUAUGAAUGCGGAGCGAUGUCUGCUAGCCGGUGAAGCGCUGGGCUUGGGAUACGCCGCGCUCGCAAAGGCCGCGGCGUACGCGCGCGACCGCAACGUAUUCAACCGCCCUAUAGGCAGCAACCAAGGCGUUGCGCACCCGCUCGCGGACGCAUACAUGCGGCUAGAAGCUGCGAAGCUGGCGACGUACCAUGCGGCGCGGCUGUACGAUGCGUCGAAGGAUGAUGCGAGUAUCCGACAGGACGCCGUGGGUAUCGCGGCUAAUAGCGCUAAAUACGUUGCUGCCGAGGCGGCCUUCAAUGCGUGCGAGAAGGCGGUGUUGGCGCAUGGAGGUAUGGGGUAUGCGGUCGAGUACGACGUUGAAAGGUGGUUUAGGGAAUGUCUCGUGCCGAGGAUUGCGCCUGUUAGUAGGGAGAUGAUCUUGAAUUAUGUAGGGGAGAAGGUGCUGGGGCUACCCAGGAGUUAUUGA